GCGGCCGUAGGCUUAGUAGGGUUCGACUAGGGCCUGCUGGCCUCUGACCUGACUUUCCGCCUGUUCCCAGUCCCGCGCCUUUGAUGGAGGAAGUGGGGGGACCCCGGAUGGGCACUUAGGGAAAAAGGGCGAGGCUGGAGGAAGGACAGUCUCCGUCCUGGCUUCUGAACCCGCAGGGAUGGAACGAUUUCACACCUGAUGGCCUGACAGGUGGAUGAACUCCUGUCCUUUCGGUAACCGGUAACCGAGGCAGCUUCCCCCCCUCCCCCCGCCCCGUCUCAUUUUAUGGCAUUUCACGGAAUCACUUUCAAAUCACCUGUCUCUCCCAGACCUGAUAAUGGCAUUAUUGCUUUGGCUGGGAAGUGCUGGAUUGGCCCGUGGCGCUGAAGUUCUCAACAAGAACAUGGACCCCUUCGUUAUUUUAAAAUAACAAAGCUAGCUGAGGACCCACAGCAAGGGACAUUUUUCAAGUCUUUGAUACUUCCGCAGUGCUUGGGAAGACAGACAGGGACACUAUCCAGAAAAAAAUAUCUAGGCAAUUACGACUAUGGAGAAAUGUUGGCCUGGAUUAGAUAUCUUCUGCAUAACGGCAGAGGUGAAAGGAGAAACAGUGCGCCAUGUCUUUGCAGGACCCCACUCUCGGCAGAGAGGGGAACACAGAGGAAGAGAUUAUGGCUGCUGUGGUUUUUUCUGUUGGACCUCUGAAUCCUGAAGUUUCCAAGCCAGAUGAAGACCUUCACCUUCAGGCUGAAGAACCAGAAUUGGAAAAGGAUUCUGUGACAUUUAAAGAUGUGGCUAUAGACUUCUCAUUAGAAGAGUGGAGGUUGAUGGACCUUUCCCAGAGGAACCUGCACAAGGACGUGAUGCUAGAGAAUUACAGGAAUCUUGUCUCCCUGGGGCUUGCAGUUUCCAAACCAGACAUGAUAUCUCACCUGGAGGAUGGCAAAGGACCGUGGGUGGUAGUGAGGGAAAUUGCAAGAACCCCCUAUCCAGAGCUGGAGACCAAACCUGCAGCCAAGAAUGUUGUAUCAACAGAAAAUACUUCUGAAGAUGUAUCACAAGAGACCAUAAUAGAUAAACUCACAGAGAAUAGUCUGUGGAACCCCAGCAUGGGAGGAUUAUGGAAAUGGAAUGAAAGGAUAUUGAGAUUGCAAAAUAGUCAGGAAAAUCAUUUGAGUCAAAGAAUAGUUACUCACAAGAAAAUUUCCACUGGUCAAAGAGGAUUUAGAUUUGGAUCUAUUCUUUUUCCAGAAGCAGGAGUUAUCACAGAAGGGCCCCACAGCAAAUGCCAAACACGUGAAAAUUUCACUGAGAAUUUAGAUUUGAUUACAGAUACCCAUCUAGGAAAGAAAAUCUGCAAGGAUACAGAAGGCAGCAAAGCUGUAAGGCCUACUUCAGAACUUACUUUAGGAAAAAAAUACAAUAAUAAAGAAAAACCCUAUAAAUGUAGUACCUGUGAAAAGUCCUUUCGUUACAGGUCACUACUCAUUCAACAUCAGAGAACGCACACUAAAGAAAAACCUUAUGAAUGUAACGAAUGUGGGAAAAUGUUCAGCCAGCCUUCAUAUCUCAGUCAACAUAAAAAAAUUCAUACUGGAGAAAAACCCUAUAAGUGUAACGAAUGUGGAAAGGCCUUCAUUGCUUCUUCAUCACUUAUGGUACAUCAGAGAAUUCAUACUAAGGAGAAACCUUAUCAGUGCAAUGUCUGUGGAAAAUCUUUUAGCCAAUGUGCUCGCCUUAAUCAACACCAGAGAAUUCAAACCGGAGAGAAGCCCUAUAAAUGUAGUGAAUGUGGGAAAGCUUUCAGUGAUAAAUCAAAACUCGCAAGACAUCAGGAGACUCACAAUGGAGAAAAGCCCUACAAAUGCAAUGAUUGUGGGAAAGCCUUUAGGAAUAAGUCCUAUCUUAGUGUACAUCAGAAGACCCAUACUGAAGAGAAACCAUAUAAAUGCAAUGAAUGUGGGAAAUCUUUCAAGAAUACCACAAUUUUUAAUGUUCAUCAGAGAAUUCAUACUGGAGAGAAACCCUUUAGAUGUAAUGAAUGUGGGAAAGCCUAUAGAAGUAAUUCAAGCCUUAUUGUACAUAUAAGAACUCAUACUGGGGAAAAACCUUAUGAAUGUAAUGAAUGUGGGAAAGCAUUCAAUCGUAUAGCAAAUUUCACAGAACAUCAAAGAAUUCAUACAGGAGAAAAACCCUAUAAAUGCAACGAAUGUGGAAAAGCAUUCAUUAAUUAUUCAUGCCUUACCGUACACCACAGAAUGCAUACAGGAGAGAAACCUUAUAAAUGUAAUGAAUGUGGAAAGGCCUUCAUGCGUUCUUCAUCCCUAAUUAUACAUCAGCGGAUUCAUACUGAAGAAAAACCUUAUCUAUGUAAUGAAUGUGGGGAGUCUUUCAGAAUAAAAUCACACUUAACUGUGCAUCAGAGGAUUCAUACUGGAGAGAAACCGUAUAAAUGUACUGACUGUGAGAGGGCAUUUACCAAAAUGGUAAAUCUCAAGGAGCAUCAGAAAAUCCAUACUGGAGUGAAACCUUAUAAAUGCUAUGAUUGUGAGAAAUCUUUCAGGACUAAGUCCUACCUUAUCGUACAUCAAAGGACCCAUACUGGGGAAAAACCAUAUAAAUGUAAUGAAUGUGAAAAGGCUUUCACUAACACAUCGCAACUUACCGUACAUCAAAGAAGGCAUACUGGAGAAAAACCCUAUAAAUGUAAUGAGUGUGGGAAGGUUUUCACAAGUAACUCAGGCUUUAAUACCCAUCAGAGAACACAUACUGGAGAGAAACCAUUUAAAUGUAAUGACUGUGGGAAAGCAUUUAGCCAGAUGGUACACGUCACAGAACAUCAGAAAAUCCAUAGUGGAGAGAAACCCUAUAAAUGUGAUGUCUGUGGAAAAGCCUUCAGGAGGGGUUCCUACCUUACAGUGCAUUGGAGAACACAUACUGGAGAAAAACCCUAUACGUGUAAGGAAUGUGGAAAAGGUUGUAUCACUCUAUCACAGCUAACUCUUCAUCAGAGAAUUCAUACUGGGGAAAGGCCCUACAAAUGUGAAGAAUGUGGAAAAGCCUUCAGAACCAACUCAGAUUUUACUGUACAUUUGAGGAUGCAUACUGGAGAAAAACCCUAUAAAUGUCACGAAUGUGGAAAAGCCUUUAGGAGUAGCUCAAGCCUUACUGUACAUCAGAGAACCCAUCAGAGAGAAACUCAGUUAAUAUAAAAAGUAACAAACCAUUCAUCCAGAUGUCAGCUCUACAAGGAGAAUCUUAUAAACUGUGUCUUUUAUGAAUGUGGGAAAACUUUCAGGAGCAAUUCACCAGAAAACACACACUUAAGGGAUACUUUAUAAACAUAAAAAUGUGGAAAACUCAUAUUAAAUCUUAGAAGUUACAAGCAAAUUCACAGUAGAGAAAAAUAGUGGACAAAUGAAAGCCUUCACCCAGAUUUCAUACUUUGUUCACUUAAAUUAUCUUCAAUGAAUUGCCUAUAAUUUUUUACCUA